AUGGCGACAGCUAGCAGCUUGCCGCUGCUGCAUGCAGCCGACCCAAAGCGUGUCACGGUAAGUCCCGGCACGGGAGACGAAAAGGUUCUCAAGCUUGACGGUGAGGAAGUGGUGCUGCUGGGGGGCAACUACGUUUUAAAGACGCAGCCCUACUUCCCUCCCAAAGAAGUCGUGCUUGCCAAUGCCAAGCAGAUGGCCGAGGGUCUGAAAGCUUCCGGCUACACUCCCAAGCCUGCUGCAGAUGGAGCUCCUCGAACAGCGAGGCCCUGUGUUCGCUUGGGCUGCAUGUGGGCGGGUGCAAUGCCGAAUUCUGCGGGCCCAGUGGACCCCGCGUGGGCUGCGAACCUCAAGGCCACCAUCGAAGCCUUUGCUGAACAUGGGGUUUACGUCUUCCUGGAUGCGCACAUGGAUGCCUUUUCCACGACGAACGGUGGUGAUGGCUUCCCUUGGUGGGUUGGGGGCCACAUGCAGAGCAACGUGACACGUGAAAGUGCCAGUGGCAACUGCUGUUGCUGCACUACACCGUCCUACAUCACCAACCCGCAGAAUCCCAUGACAAUUGUCUGUCCUAGCUGGUUGGCAUGCUGUUGCAACAUUCGGGGAGUUGAGACCCAGGGCGACGAUCCCUGGGCGGCAUACGCCGUCGGCACGGACCUUGGGAACCCCGCCUCCAUGAAUGUUGGAAACCUGAGCAUGAGAUUGAACAACAACGACAGUGCCUGGCAAGCUGGCACGCUGGUUUGGGUAACGCAGGUGCACAACUACGCCGCACGAUUCUACCAGUGCGGCUCCGGAGCAGAUAAGCAGCCGCUCUUCGAGCCCUAUGUGCAGUUUCUUCGUUUCCUCUGUGGCCAAUGGGAGCAGCACUGGAACGUGGUGGCCGUGGAAGUCCUCAACGAGCCCGUGCUGGGUGGCUUGCCCAGCUGGUACCAGUUUCUGACAAAUCGCCGGAAUCUCUUCGACCUGUACGCAGCAGUGCUGGAGGAGCUAGGAAAAAGCGAGCCUCCCAUCCGUACACCUCUGGCGCUUCAGGACGGCUUUGGCUCCCUUGGGCGUGCCUCCUGUCUCAUGCGGCUGCUUUCCUGCGUGCCGAUCUCGAGCAAAGCAAAGAAGCUGCUUCGCGAGUGGGGGGAGAAGAACCAGCUGAUGCUCAGCUUCCACUGGUAUCCAGGCAUCGGCUGUUUGGCCCACAACCAGGUGAUUAGAGCUCAGUCUUUCGUGGAGAUGGCCAAGGAGGAGUCGAAGGAGCUCAUGGCUUCGUCGCCCCUGUUCAUGUCGGAGUUCUACAUGCCUGACGGAGAGACUUUGGCAUGGUUUCUGGCGCGUUUUGCGGACCUCGGCUGCUCCUCCAGUACCUACUGGCAGUAUGUGGACACGGAUUACACCCAAACCAGCGGAUGGUACAUGUAUCCGCCCUCGGUGACACAGUAUGGCGAGCCCAUCAGCAGGGAAGGCGACGUCAACCCGAAGGCUUGGGCCGCAUAUGAGAAGACCGUGGCCGAUGGCAGCUACUGGGGUGCUUUCAGAACCAGAGACAACUUCGAGGUCUAUGGUGGCCUUGUGUCCAUUCGCUCCUCCCACUCCUUGCAGAAAGGUGGUAGCCUGAUGGCUGACUAUGUGAAGGUGUUCGGUGGGGAGCUGUCCAUCCGUGAUACAAGAGCAGAGUUCGAGGGAGGUGCCAUCAAAGCCAACUUCCUCAUCGCCGGCGGCAAAGUCUCUAUUCAAAAUGCAUCGGCGAAGAAUGGAGGUGGGAUUCAUGCAUGGAAGCGGGCGGAGGUUUCCGGUGGCGUGAUCUCCAUCCGCAAUGCUUCUGCGAGCGAGAACGGUGGUGCGAUAGUGGCGGUGCGGGGCCUGCGCCAGCGGGGUGGCGAGAUUCGCCUCCAGGAUGUCUCCGCGAAUAAGUCUGGAGGCGGUGUCUCCAUCGACCGGGGUGUUUACAACAUCUCUGACGGCCAGUUCGGAUGCCUGCGGUGCACCGCUGCGAAGCACGGAGGUGCCCUCUACUUUCACGGCUCGAGCAGCGACCUUCCUGGCACCAAUCGUAGCCGCCGCGACCUAGAGCCGCGCGUUCGCUCCUCCGACACUCUGAGAGGCCUCGACAUGGUGCUUCCGAGCCGCGGUCCCGACAUCGGCGGCUUCCGGGGCCGGACCCGGAGGAGCAGCGCCAACAGUGCUAACUUCCUCGAAGAGCUGAAGAGCGCAUCUGCUCUCGGCGUCUUCCAAAGCGGGGGACGCUUUCUCUUCCAGGAGUGUGCCGCCCGCGAGAACGGAGGGGCCAUCUACAGCCGCGACUUCAACUGCUCCGGGGGCGAAGUUCAGCUGGAGCACUGUGCUGCCGGCAACUACGGAGGCGCGCUGCAUUCGGAGCAGCUCCUCCUGCUCUCGGGUGGCACGCUUUCCAUCGGCAACAGCUCGGCCAAAAAGGAAGGAGGUGCUCUCUUCACUGGCCACAUGGAGAUCUCAAGCGGGGAGCUUCGCGUCCAGAACACGUCGGCGGGAUACCACGGAGGUGGAAUAAGUGCUGCAGGCUUCGUGCAGCGCGGGGGACAUGUACUGCUCACAGGCCUUUCAAGCGGAGGAUCUGGAGGUGGCCUAGCGAUAAGACCUGGCGGCGAUCUCAAUGCCUCCGGCGGGGAGCUUCGGAUCAACCACUGCGAUUGCCGGCUUUCUGGAGGCGCCAUCUACGUUGCCAAUGGAAGCCUCCGUGGAGGGUGGGCGCGCAUGAAGAUCGAGAACACCAAAGUUCUCGACCGGGGCGGAGCGAUCUUCGUUGGGCACGAUGCGAUCUUCGAAGAUGGCCUCCACCUACUCGCAGCAGAGGCAGCAGAAGGUGGGUGCAUCUUCGUGAAGCGGGAUUUGAAUGUUAGCGGCCCCACUGUCAUGAGGAGCUGCCAUGCUUCGGGAACUGGCGGAGCCAUGUCUUUGAGGGGAAACCUUCAGUUAGAUGCUGCGACGUUCACCGACUGCUAUGCCCCGGCGUCCUCCGCGUUCAUGGCCCUGGGGGGUGCCAUCGUCGGAGAUCUAACCCUCCAUGGUUCCACGGGCAUGCGGGCGGUAUCCGCAGGCCGCAUCGAAACAGGAGACGUAGACUGCCUCGACGCACCGGAUUGCCGUCUGGAAGCGGCGGAAGUGGCUUCCGGCAACGUCGCCUGCGGUCGUGGCAUGGGCCCUCUGUGGAGCGACCCGCCCUCGGUCUCCUGCCACCCUUGCGCCGAGGAAACCGCGCGGUUGACUUUGCAGAUCACGAACUGCACUCCAUGCCCGAGCAUCAGCAACGUGACGGUGCAGUGCGAGCCGACGAAACUUGCCGUUCCGCGGGGAUUCAUGAUCGUGCUGAACUACUCCACGGCCGACAACCUCUCAAAUUGGUUCAGGUGCCCCAGUGUCAGCGCAUGCCCGGGCGGUCAGCUGAAUGCCAGCACCAAGUUGGGGGAGCCGGUCCAGGUGGUGACGCCCAUGUGUGCCCAGGGCUACGAAGGGCGGGGGUGCACGUCAUGUGCAGCAGACUACGGCAGGGCAGACCACAACGUUCUGAAAUGCCUGCAUUGCUCUACGGCCAUGUGGCAGGCAGUCCAGUACAUUUCUUUCCACAUGGGCAAAAGCAUUGUCCUCUUCGUCUCUGCGGUGGCCAGCGUCACAGGAGCAGCGCAGAAGCAGGCAGCUUCAGCCAUCUUGCUGAACCAGCUUAUGGCCUUCCAAGCAGUCGCCGGAAUCGCUGUGUCGGGGGUGAUGCAAACCAGCGCUUUCGAGGGCUUGCAACAGCGGUCUCAGGAGUUCCUGGAGUACGCGGAAUUCCCACUCUUCUUCUUGAGCGGCAAAGAGCACGGGAGCACGAUGUCGGCAGCGUGCUUGCUCUCGAUGCUGAACGUGGAGAAGGAGCUCUACUACACCCACGCCUUGCUGAAUCUCAUGCCUGUUCUGCUGGUUGUCGUUUUGGCGCUGAUCAAGGGCGGCUGGCUCGCUGUCGUAGUUGGCACCAACGUCUUCCUUGCAGACUUUACGGCAGCCUUUGGCAAGUACCUCGUAGUCUUCCGAGUUCGUCCGGAGAGCGACGGGGGCGAGCUGUGCUGGGACUUCCUGCCAGCCGGGCCACGGAGCCGGAGAAUAGCAGAGGUCCUGGCAAGCAUCGCAGCUUGCUUCGCGCUGGGUGUGGGUAGCUGGACGUACGUGGUGCUUAGUCGCAGGGAGCCUCGACAGAGUCAUGUGGCUUACCUCAUGCAAGCCUACAAGACGGAGUGCUCUGUCUUCGAGGUGGAGCGCCUGGUCCGGAAGAUGCUUCUGACCCUGGUGGUGGCCGUCCUUCCGGUUUCGCUCUCACCGGCUCUCCAGAUGGAGGCCGUGAGCAUUAUCCUCACAGCUUCCUUGGUGCUGAACCUCCGGUACCACCCAUACAAGGUGGAGUUCUUCAAUCACUCUGAAACUGCCCUUCUGCUCCUUGCGCUGUCGAUGAUGGGGCUGACGACCUGCCUCGUGGCCAACGAUCUUCACUGGGCAAGGUCUAGCCUGAUGCAGGAAAUCAUGAUCAUCGCAAUCUUCUCUCUCGCAGCCGGCGUCUGCCUUGUGAUGAUGAUUCGCUUUGCCCUGGCCUUCGUCCGGGAGCGACGGCGAGGUCCGAAGCAAGAGGGCGAGCCUUGCUGA